AGUUUGGAAGGUAUUAGUUGCAGUAAAGAGGAAGAAGAUGAAUACGGGUGGAAGAAAAAUCUUCCGCCGGGAAUGGCUUUUAUCCCGACGGAUGAAGAACUCAUCACUUUUUAUCUCUUACCCAAAUCUCUAAACCUGAAACUUCAUUCUGGGAUUAUCUCCGAUCUUGAUAUUUAUAAAUAUGAACCCCACCAACUUCAAGAUUUUGCUUUUGAUCAUGGCAAUGGGAGAAUGUAUUUCUUCUCUCCAUUGAAGAUGAAGAACAAAGACGGUAGUGGAACGAGAGGCGAUAGGGUCGUCGCCGGCCGCAAGGGUUGUUGGAAGGCUACUCAAAAAAGAGACACAGUCCUAAGCUCAAAAAAUGAAGAAAUUGGCACGAAGCAAUCUUUGGUUUAUCAUACAGCAAAAUGGGGCAAAACAUCAUGGCUCAUGACUGAGUAUAGGUUUCUUGAUGAAUCAGAAUAUAAUAAUAAGGCAUCUCAUAAAUUGGCAUUAUGCGUAAUCUACUAUAAUCAUAAAAAGGGAGGAUCGGAAGCAAGCAGCCGCAAUGAUGAUGGAGAAGUUUCAAAUUUCACUAUUGAUGAACUUCCAAACACAGACUGUAUCCAAAAUCCUCGGCUUAAACGGAAGCGAAAGUCAUCAUCUUCUAUCAGCGCACCAAACUCCGAUUCCAUUGUGAUAACACCCAUUAAUUCUAUAAGUGCGAAUUCUUUUAUCCAAAAACCACCGAUUAUUGGUCAACCGUCUUCUUCAAAAGACUAUUUUGAAAACAAAAGUAUAACUACAAGCUUCUCAUGCCCUUCAGACCAAGGACACUAUCGGCCACCAGUUUGUGCAACGGGUUCCAUGGAAUUAGAAUGUGUUACUGGGACAAAAGUCAACGAAGAGACAAUGACCGAUGAUGAGUUUUGUGAGAUAUUAUCAUACAUCUUUGAUUAGCGUUUAGAAAUACGUACACAUGCAAAACACUUGAUUACAGCUAUGUAAAUGUAUCUUGUUAGUCUAUUACGAGUACUUUUCUGAUCGAAUAUUCAUAACUGGGUAGAGAAAACUUUAAUCUUGUACUCCGUAUUAUAAUGUGCAUUACGAAUACCAAGAUUGAUAUGGUGAUGCACGAUUCUUAUUCAUCAAUAUGAACAUGAUGAAAUGAAUUAUUUAGAGUUUCGC